GAAAGGAACGCGGUGUCAGUCGGGAACUGCACACCGAUACAGGAAGACGGUCCGCAUACCCUCCUGUACACUCCCACACACGGAACACGGACGGUGAUUAAAGACCAGACCACUGAUUGACCAAUUUAGCAGGUAUGGCAGAGUUGGCGGGUCUGGUGCAGCGGCUGGAGGUUGCGGUGGGUCGGCUGGAGGCAGUCUCAGGCACUGGUGGAAAUACUGGGAGUUCUGCUCUUCAAGCUGUGUCAGAGUAUGUUGAGGCUUAUGAUGACAUUGUCCGUGGCCCUGUGGCCCAGUACACCUCCCUCAGUCAGCAGAUUGGGGGGGAUGUCCAGAAACAUGCGGAGAUGAUGAAGCAGGCAUUCUCCUGUCAGAGACAGCUCCUUGUCACAGCCUCUUGCUCCCAGAAGCCCUCUGAUUCCGUUUUGACGGCCCUCCUGCAGCCGGUGUCCAAAGUGAUCCAGCAGGUGCAGACAUUUCGUGAGCAGAACCGCUCCUCGCUAUUCUUCAACCACCUCUCCGCCGUCAGCGAGAGUGUGCCCGCUCUGGGAUGGGUCGCCAUGGCUCCCAAACCAGUCCCCUUUGUCAAAGAAAUGCAGGAUGCUGCCACGUUCUACACCAACCGUGUGCUCAAGGACUACAAGGAAAAAGACAAGAAACACGUGGACUGGGUGAAGGCCUAUCUUUCCAUCUGGACUGAGAUUCAGAACUACAUCAAACAGCACCACACCACCGGAUUGGCCUGGAGCAAGAGUGGUCCUGUAGCUGCAGCCUCUGCGCCUCCACCCUGUGCCCCUGCUGGGGGAUGCCCUCCUCCCCCUCCCCCUGGACCUCCUCCUCCUAUGGACUUCAGUGAAUCGUCAGCAGGCUCCAGCGACUCUGGUGACACCAGCCGGAACGCUUUGUUCGCCUCCAUCAACAAGGGAGCCAAUAUCACCAAGGGCCUGAAGCAUGUGUCUGAUGACCAGAAGACCCACAAGAACCCCGGUCUGAGGACCCAAGGCGGAGCACCGAUGCGUACGGGACCCAAGCCCUUCUCCUCCUCCCCUUCCCCCUCCCCCCGCCCUGCUGCCUCAGCCACCCCCACCCGCACGCAGCCUCCCAUUUUGGAGUUGGACGGAAAAAAGUGGAAAGUGGAGAACCAGAACGGUGCACAGGGCCUGAUGAUUAGCGACACAGAGCUGAAGCAGGUGGUCUACGCUUUCAAGUGUAACAACAGCACGCUGCAGGUCAAGGGCAAGAUCAACUCCAUCACUUUAGACAAUUGUAAGAAAAUGGGUCUGGUGUUUGAUGACGUUGUGGGUAUUGUGGACGUGAUCAACUGCAGAGAUGUCAAGGUUCAGGUCAUGGGCAAAGUACCCACUAUCUCCAUCAACAAGACGGACGGCUGCCAUGUCUACCUGAGCAACGACUCACUGCAAUGUGAGAUCAUCAGUGCCAAGAGCUCAGAGAUGAACGUCUUGGUACCAAACAAAGAUGGAGAAUAUACUGAGAUCCCUGUUCCUGAGCAGUUUAAGACUGUUUGGGAUGGCAAGAAGCUCGUCACCACAGCAACAGAGAUCGCUGGAUAGAGAGGCAGCAUGUGAAAUGGCUGCCCCUCAGAUCACCCCCCCACUUCUUUUUUUUUGCAAACGCCUACCUGACUGAUCGACCAACUGACCACCCAACCAACUAACUCUUACUGUAGACUGAGGUUUGGACCUCACCCGUAUGACCCGCCUUUCUUCCCCAUCAGCCAGUCACAGCUUAAGCUGUUCCUUCCAUCAGCCAAUGAGAGGACUGCUUGCUUUAUCUGGAGCAUUCCUCCAGCCAAUUGCAGGGAACAGCUUGUCAUAUGAUUUGGUUUUCCCCAUGGCCAGUGAGCACCCCCCCCCCAAAAAAUAAUUGAAUUUUGCCAAUAGCUGGGAUGUUCUGUGUCGUUUAUUUUCCUAUCUGGCUAAUGCUAAAUUUAACAUCUAGAAUAGCCAAUGGUUUCUGACUCCAUGAAAGCACUGUGGCCAGACAGACCAUAUCACGUCAACCGAUGUUUUUUGGUUUUUUUUCUCCCCUCCUACUGACCAGGGUUGGUAGGUGUUUUUAAAGAGGUCUAAUAUUUCUGUUCCUUUAUAUGCAAUUCAACAGUGAAGCACAUGUACAUCCAUACAUCCAACCUCCAUCAGUUGACAGCACUAUCCAUAUCACCUGCACUGAUGCUGACCAUGACAAUACUGUUGUGACAUUCAUAGUGGAUUAAGAUUUGUCACUAAUUCCAGAGCACAUAAAUAAGAGUAUAAGUGACAGCUUGUGUGCAGGAUAGUUGUCUUACAUCAUAACGCACUUGAUCUAAAUGGUGUUGGAACCAAGUCUUAAAAGAAAAAUGAAUUCAUUCCAUCUACUAUCCCUGAAGCCCACACACAGGACAUUCCCAUGAGUAUUGCAAAUAAACAUUCCAUAAGGAGGUAUAGAAACUUUGGAAAGGAGGACAAGAACGUGAAUAGAUUGCUUGUGAGCUAUAGUGAAUGGCUCCCGUUUUUUGUUCGAACUGGAAGUGAGAACGUAACGGAAAAGAGGUUAAAAUGUGUAAUUUUAGUCACUGGUGGUAGUCAUACUGCCCAUUGAUCUCUGUAUAGGAAAUAUCUGUUGUAAUGAUCUGUACACAUAUAGGUUAUUACUGAAUAGUGAUAAAACUGUCAUCGUCUCUCCACUCGCGCCUAGCCACAUCUUCACUCCUGUUUCUUUGACUCCCCGCUGCUCCUCUAGCGGACAAGCUCUUAGCUGGAUUUUUCUGUCUUUUUUUCUUUUUCCUCUUAAUUUUGGAUCAAGAGUCAAAAUUCUGCUCAUUAGUCCUGGAGACAUUGGAAAUGUUGCAAUAAAAUGGUUAUCUGAA